AUUUGAAAAUAGAAUAGAAUAAAUGACAAAUAACUUCUUUCUUCGCUUUCAGCCGCAUGAAGUAUACUUUGUAUUAUGUAGCAAUUGCCAGUACAAGAAGACAUUAGUGUACUAUAGAACAGUGAAUAAAUUGAUGUUGAAGGUGUGUUACAAUGGCCAAUGCAGAUUUUAGAAAAGAUGUUAUGGCGGUACGUCCCAGGAGCGUCUAUACUGCGCAUUCCUAUAACCAGGAAGAGUCGAGUCUUUCUACUUUCCAAGACUACAGCAAGUUUCUGGAGGGUGGAUUAGGGCAAGCUGAAUUGGUGGGCGCUUCGGGCUGGCAGCCGCCGUGGCGGGCGCCUCUUCAGCGCAAGGCACCCUUCUACCCUGGGGAUGACAUCUACCAUGCUGACACGUGGCGCGAACUCGAGGUAACUGACGGCGUCGGAGGUGCAACUUACAAUGUUUCCGUGACCCCCCAUGGUACUGUUUGUAUGAGGCUUAGGGACAGGGUCAAGGUAGACAUGACGAUCGAUGGUGCUGUUCGACUCACCAACGCCAAGAAUAAUAUAAUCUUGGCUUUGUCUCGCUCGGGCGCGUCGGCCGCUCUCAUCCACCCCAACGGAAGGGUCUACCAGUACGGCUCUAGGGUCGAGAUCCAGGCCAGGCAUCAGCAGGGGAACAAUAAGUACGCGAAGAUGUGGUACAAGGGCGUGUCGUUCACGGCGGAGCAGUGUGCGCUGGUGUACCUCGUGGACGCGGCUGGUACAAGAACCACCACAGACACCUUCCUCGACAUGAGCCAGGACUUCACGCUCAAUGUGUUCUACAACGAAUCUCGCCAUGGGCCGUCGUACGUGAACGAGGCCCUGUCCCUGCUUCAAGGCGUGCAGUACUGGUUGACGGAUGAUGGCAUUGAUAAUUGGAUCAUCAACAACGUGCGAGUCAGCCAGACAGCAGACGGACUUGUAAGAAUCCACCGGUGCAGCCACAAGUACCAGCUUCGCACGAGCCCCAGUAACGGCUCGGCGUCCAUAACCAGCCCUUUCCUCCACUGCACCGCCUCCCUCGGACAGACGCAGCAUUUGUUUGUCAGGCGGGGAGAAAGGCGAAUGCACUUUGACGGUAAUUCGUUUAUAGUUCGCAACGCUGGGCAUUCAGCCGGCUUCGACGACAAGAACCAGCUCAAGGUGUACUGAGAUCCCAAUAGCUAAACCGCCAUCCUUAUAUGUCACAUUCAAUUAAUAUCUCUACAUUUUUAACCAACGUCGUAUGUUGUACAGUACUCCCGUGUUUUGUAUCCAGGCUGCAUUUUUUUUGUUGUACCUAUUUUAAGUUUUUGAUUUGGUAUUUUGAAACUAAUGGACAAGUUGUAUAAAGUUGUUGUUGGAGCCGGUGUCCAAGAGGGACCGGCCGUUGUUGCUAUGUACUGCCGAGUGAAGGUAAGGAAGUGAUAAACUCAUCUAUUUGUGUAAUCGCGUUAGCCGGUGAACUGCGCUCGUGUAGGUCGGAACUAAAAUGGCGCCGUCACAGCACUGGUCUCUUUAAAAACAAUGUAAUAAAUAAGAGACAUAAAUAUAGUGCCUUUGGGGAUGUUUAUUUUAAUGGAUUUUUUUAUUUUUGUUUAGUCUUCGGUUAUUCGAUUAAUUGCUUGUAUGCUAUUUAAAUAACGAUAAAUAUAAUUCUGGCAGAGACAAAUAUAGUUAAAAAAGUUGUUUAACAUUCGCUCACUCUGCAAAAAUGUUCCUAACCAGGAAUUCAAUAAAACUGCUGUAACGAGGAACUUGUUAAAACAGUUCUAUAAUCGGCAAACGAACGACUUUGAACUUUGCUUAGUACAAGUUUGCAUCGUCGUACUACUUACGCGGGAUGUGCUGUUUCCCAUUCAAUAGCCUAGUUUAAUACUACAUAUAACUCGCGAAGGUUCAUAAACGCUCCGUAUUUAGUUUGUCGAUACAAACCUGUAGUAAGCGCGCUGGUCAGCUCUACGAUCUGAACGCGGACGGCUUUAAUAUGUAAUGUUUCGAUACCUACCGUACGGUGACGUAAUGACUCUACGUACCGGUAGUGCGACAUAUUGAACAAAAAUCACUUUCUAAAUCAACUCGGCUUCUAUCCGACGCUAACAGGUAAUGCAUCUAACAAUAAAAAUGUAAUAUUCCCAUUAUAUUUGGUUUUUGCGCCAAGCUCGUCCUUCUCAUAUGAUCCAUAUACCAUAUAUACAUAUAGUUUAGCAUCGACAUAGUGAUUAAGACUACAGUUGUAUACUAAGUGUUUGAUCAAUGACAGUUUCAAUGUUGUAUUGUGAUUUGUAAAUGUUUUUUUAUUAUUUUAUCGCUUGAUAGUUGCCGUUCAUCGUUGGUGACGUUUUACACGGAUGCGCCUUUAUUCUUUUUUUUAUAUAAUUGUAUUUAUUGAUGCGUUGUUUGAAAUGGCUUUUAUACAAUGCCAUUUUGAAGAUCGUAUGGGCUUAGUUACUUAAUCAUUUUCAGCGGACUGUAACAGGUGACUUUCAUAUAAGUGUUUAUGCUAGUGACUAUUUUGACGUUGAUUAUUCCACUACGGAUAGCGUUCUGCCUCUGACUGGUGUAAAUAAGAUUUUUAAUAUUUAACACUGGUAGCUUGGCACUUGUUACAAUAUGUAUACAUAUAGCUAGUAAUGGUUUCGGGGUUUCGCUUGUCUCAUUAGUUUCAAUGUGUUGAAAGCUUCAAGUAAAUGAAUGACUUGUAUCUAAUAUAAAGUAUGUUAUAAACCAAUAAAGUAUAUUUUUUGGAUAA